ACGCCCUCCGACAUGGCCCGGAUGCUGUUGCUCAUCUUUAUCACGGUCCAUCCAGGAUCCUGUGCUCUCUGGGUGUCCCAACCCCCUGAGAUUCAUACUCAGGAGGGCGUCACUGCCUUCUUGCCCUGCUCCUUCAAUGCCAGCCAAGGGAGACUGGCCAUUGGCUCCGUUACGUGGUACCGGGACAAGGUGGCCCCAGGGAAGGAGGUGAGGAACAGGACCCCAGAGUUCAGGGGCCGCCUGGCCCCUCUUGCCUCUUCUCGCUUCAUUUGUGACCACCAGGCUGAGCUGCACAUCUGGGAUACCCGAGACCAUGACGCUGGAGUCUAUGUGUGCAGGGUGGAGGUGUUGGGCCUGGGUGUCGGGACAGGAAAUGGGACUCUGCUGGUGGUGGAGAAAGGACCUCCUCAGCUAGGGGCCUUCACAGUCCUCCUUCUUCGGGCUGGAUUCUAUGCCUUCAGUUUUCUCUCUGUGGCCAUGGGCAGCACCAUCUAUUACCAAGGAAAAUGCCACUGUCACAUGGGAACACACUGCCACUGCUUGGAUGGCUUCCGAUGAGUGAUUCCAGAACCCAGUGAUCCCAAUGCUCUUCAAGAGACCCCAAUAAAUCCCUCUCUGCCCCACCACUAACUUCUUAUGAGUCUUGUGUAUUUCCUUCUUCAUUCUUGAGAUGCGCCAGUGUGCCCCUCUCCGGGUUUCCCUGGCUCUUAACUCUUCCUUCUACUAAGUCUGGCCUGAAAAGGUCCAAAGAGGGAGCUUCCAAGCAAUUGCGCCUAGAGCUUCCUCCCACCACCCUCCUGGGGCUCAACAGGAGGGGACCCACCUUUUCUAGGCCUAGGAAGCUGAGGAUGAUUCUCCUGAGAAAUUAGGAUGAUUCUCCUGAGAAAUUAGUCCUACUUGUCAAUUGCCCACAAAUAUAGUAGUCUCCCCUUAUCCCAGGGAGAGUAUGUUCCCAGACCCCCAGCGAAUGCCUGAAACCAUGGACUGUACUGAACUCUAUGUAU